GUUCUAAUUUUUUUUUUGGUUUUCACAAUAUAAGCAGGGCAGAAUAGUAAUUUUAUUGCAUCUGAUUCAUCUUCCUCCUCCCAACUUAGGCCUGAGCUUGCAAGCACCAGCGAGCAGCGGAAGAUUUUAACACCGAACGAGGCCACGACUUAGGAUUACGAACGCCAGCGAGAAGAAACUUAAAUUUGGCAAUCAAAUUGCGGUUUGGUCUUAACGGAAGCAUCUAUUGGGGCAAUAUCAGCAGCAUCCCCGUGACUGUGAGCCUCUUCUUUUCCUUGUUUCAAGAACCAAUGCAUUUGGGAUUGAAAGGGAUUUAGUUUCUAGGAUUUAUCAUUAUUUUUGGUUGUGAUUUUGGUGUAUCCUGAAUUCCUGGCGAGGGUUCUUUGUGUUGUUGCUAUCACAUUCGAUUUUGUUGAGAGAUUUGGAAGAGAGGCUUAGGAUUUAGGGUUUAUGUAUCAUGUCAAACUUGUUAUACUGCCGACGGUUUUGUCUGAGAUCUUCGCGUCCAAUCAAUUCGGGAGAUUCUGUGUCCAUUUCGCAAUUGAUCACUCAUAAGCUAAGGUGUCUACUGAGUAGAGCAUUGUGUUCAGUCUCAGAAGGCAAAACCGAGGUUGCCAAAGAGAAGAGACCAUGGUUAAAGUCGUUUACUGUCUCGUACCUCGUGAACUCAUGUGGGUUGUCUUUGGAAUCUGCUAAGUCAAAGUCCAGAUUCGUUAAGUUGUCAUCUUCCGAAAGACCAGACUCUGUACUCACACUGCUCAAGAACAGUGGCUUCACCAAUGAGCAGAUCAUUAGGGUUGUCAAAUCAUUCCCUACUAUUCUGAUAGUGAACCCUGAGGUUGUACUCUUGCCAAAACUCAGUUUUUUCCGUUCAAUCGGGUUAUCCAGCUCUGAUACCGCCAAACUUAUCUCAAAUUGUCCCACAACGCUGUCCCUUAGCUUGACUAACAGGCUGAUCCCUUGCUAUGAUUCCCUCAAAAGUAUACUCGGUGAGCAAGAAAAUGUCCUCAAAUGUCUGAGACGUGGAUAUUGGAUUUUCACUUUGGACACUGCAAAGUUCUUGGCUACACGGCUAUCCCUCUGUCGGGAUAUUGGAGUCCGGGACCAAAGCAUCAAAAGACUGGUCCAAAAUGGUCCACUCGUGUUCUUCUGCUCCGAGAGAAAGUUCAACGAGGUCCUUAACAGAGUUCGUGACUUUGGUUUUGACCCCAAAAAGAUGUAUUUCGUUCAUGCUAUGUUAGUUUUCUUUCAUGUUAGUGAAUUCACCAUGGAACACAAGUUUGGGCUGUACCAACAGUUUGGUUGGUCCAAAGAGGAUUGUGUCGCGGCAUUCAUGAGAUUCCCAAAUUGUGUGAAAAUAUCGGAUGAGAAGAUAACGGGAACCAUGGAGUACCUCAUAAACAAUGUGGGUCUCCCGCCUGGUACCAUCGCUAUGCAACCUUUUGUUUUGGGUCUAAGCUUGGAGAAGAGAAUCAAACCGAGGAACAUGGUGAUCUCUGAGCUUCUGUCUAAAGGGUUUGUGAAGAAAGAAGAUUUGAACUAUUUCCAGAUUCUUAAGAUUAAAGAUUGUGUGUUCAUGGAUAAGUAUGUUCUGAAAUUUCAGCAGGUUUCUGCUCUCCAGCCAUGCCCUUGACAGAAGAGAUUGUGUGUUUGUGUGGUCGUAGAUUGAUGCUGUCAAAAUUUUAGAUUAUAAUGACCCCAAUGCUUAAGAAAACUUUCAAGACAAUUAGUUGCAGACGGUUAACCAAAGAGCUUGUUCUCUGCAGUUUUCAGAUCAAUGGCAGUUAGGCUCCGAGACUUGCAUGCCAAACUUUGUAUUCCAGAAAAUCAAAAAGAAGCAUUCUUAUCUGUUUUCUUUGUUUGACCUGUUUAAUUCGUUUUUACUUUAGCUU